GGAGUCAGUUUCCUCAUCCACUGGCACGCUGUACUUUUCUCCUUCUCUCCCGCCUCACCCUCCCAGCCAUCCGCUGCGGCCCACGGAGAGGGCGGAGCUUCCCCGCCUCCUAGCCAGUGAGAACCUCAGGAUUAGGGGGACGGAGAAGGUGGUGGCAAGGGAGCACGCCCCUUUGCCAGCCACGCCCCUUGGUGGGGCGCGCGCGGGGUGGGGGUGGGGAGUUACUCCUUUAAAAUAACCUGAAGGCGCCUUGAGCGAAUUUACCACCCUGAGGGGCCGGUUUGUGAGGGAGAAUUUUAUACGGGGGAAUUAUAUAGAUCUAUUUGUAUAUACUAUAUAUAUGUUUUCAAAGCGUUGAGUUUCUUUUCCUGUCGAGAAGUUUGAUACCCCCCUCACCCGCUCAUUCCCGUUCCUGUUUCGAGAGAGAUGACCGCGUUGCCUCGGCGGAGCUAAGGAGGGAGCGAGAGGCGGCGGCGGCGGUUGGGCUCCUGAGAGGCAGAGCGAGCGAGGGAGCGAGCAGCCGCGUGAGGCCGCCUCAGCCGCCCUUCCUUCCCUCCGCGUAGCUCCCGCCGGCGGGCUGCGAUGUCUCCCGUCAGCGAGGAGGUGGGAGCGGGGGACGCCGUCCCGACUGCCCCCGUGGCCCCCUUCGAGGGGAGCGAGGCGCUGGGCGACGAGCCGAAGCAGGAGAACGGCGGCGAGUGGUGCUCGCACCAGACGCUGCUCUCCUCGCUGGAGGCAGCCGCCGGGGACCCGCCCCCGGUGACGGCGUUCGCGGGGGCCGGGAGCCCCCCGGAGAAGAAGCUGCAGAAGCCGCCCAUGCCGCCGCCGAAGGGAGGCGAGGCGCCGUUCGAGCCCCCCGAGGGCGGCUGGGGGUGGGUGGUCAUGCUGGCCUCCAUGUGGUGCAACGGCGCCGUGUUCGGCAUCCAGAACUCGUGCGGGGUCCUCUUCAAAGCCAUGCUCAAGGAGUUCGGAGACCCCAACGACCCGCAGCUGACGUUCAAGACAGCUUGGGUUGGUUCCCUGUCCAUGGGAAUGAUCUUCUUCUGUUCUCCCAUAGUCAGUGUAUUUACCAACCUAUUUGGCUGCCGGAAAGUAGCUGUUGUUGGAGCAGCAGUGGCACUUGUUGGGCUUUUGUCAAGCUCAUUUGUAAGCUCACUUGGACCUCUAUACUUCACUUAUGGAAUCUUAUUUGGCUGUGGUUGCUCAUUUACCUAUCAGCCAUCCCUGGUCAUUUUGGGGCAUUAUUUCAAGAAGCGCCUGGGACUGGUGAAUGGCAUUGUCACUGCUGGCAGCAGCUUGUUUACUGUAACACUGCCCUUUCUUUUAACUGUACUGAUUGACUCAGUUGGCUUAUACAACACUUUCCGGAUCCUGUGCAUUUUUGUGUUCGUUCUCUUCCUGGCUGGUUUUACUUACAAACCUCUCAUUCCCAGUGCCAAAGAAAAUGGGGAAAAGAGCAAGUCCACAUUUCCUCCUGCAAAAAAUAUUUUUAAUUUUUCCAUUUUUAAAAUUAAGAGUUAUCUAAUCUGGGCUAUUGGGAUCCCAGCUGCCUUAUUUGGAUACUUCAUACCUUAUGUGCACCUAUUGCACCAUGUGAAGGAACGUAUUGGUGAACAUGUUCCAGAUGAGACACUUCUGCUUUGCCUUGGCAUUACUUCAGGAGUUGGUCGAUUGAUCUUUGGCAGAAUUGCAGACUAUAUUCCGGGUGCAAGAAAGGUUUAUCUACAGGUGAUUUCAUUUUUCUUCAUUGGCCUGAUGUCUAUGAUGAUUCCAUUAUGCGACUCCUUUGGAAGUCUCAUUGCUGUCUGCCUCUUCAUGGGUCUUUUUGAUGGCUGCUUCAUUAGCAUUAUGGCACCAAUUGCCUUUGAGCUAGUUGGUGCACAGUAUGUUUCUCAGGCAAUUGGAUUCCUCUUGGGCUUCAUGUCUGUUCCAAUGAUAGUUGGUCCACCUGUUGCAGGAAUACUUAAAGAUCACCUGGGUACUUACGAUGUAGCAUUCUACCUAGCAGGAGUUCCCCCAAUGAUCGGAGGAGCUGUAUUGUGUUUCAUCCCAUGGGUGCAUGAAAAGAAGAAACCCAGAGAAAAAGCUAGUCCUAUGGAUGGGAAAACUAUGGAGAAAAUGCUGGAAAUCAAAAGCACCUCAGAGCCAGACUCAUAUGAAAAACCCAGAAAAGAAUCAGAUUCCGUUAUUUAAUGGCUGAUAUUUUUCUUACCAGAUUGAAUUUAUUUUUAUAAGAACUAGGUUAGCUUUCUGUUUAUGAAUUGAAUGUACCGUAUGAUUGUACUUCAAAAGCAAAGCCACAAUGAGAGCUAUCAAAGUAGUAAAGGUUAAAACAAAAUGGUUAAUAGCUAAAAAUGCCUUUCACCCAUUUUUAUAUGGUCUCAAAACACACUUCCACAUACUAUAUGGAGCUUUUUGUCAUCAGAAUACAUGCUAGUGAGGGCAUGUGUCAGGAGAAUUUAAAACAAACACAUAUGACUGCAUUUCUGGAACUCAAGAAAUGUCCCCCUUCUACUAACUAAUCCUUUCAUAAUGCAUCCAGCAACUUCAUGAUUCACCUAAUGGUGGAAUGGCAUGCAUCUGGAAUUAUUAGUAACAUCCUAAUGUUCUUAAAGCUACUAUUUUUAAUCUUUAAAAAGAUCUGUGGGGUUUGCAAUGUGGAUUCAUAGCUUUUUAGAUCCUCUUAAAAACAAAUUCUAUGCAGAUUUUGGCAUGCCUAAGACCACUGAUUUCAAUGGAUUUAAGAAUGUCUAAUGCUGUGUAAGACUGCAGCUUAGCUUUUAAUCCCCAGGAAGCCAUUGCAGUAAACUAUGAAAAUGUAUUUUCAUAAUGCAAUAGUGACAAUUUAACUUUUGCUUAACUCUGCAGUGGAACCCUUCUUGCAUUUCUUCAUUUAUUUGCUUCAUGUAUUUUAAAGGUGGGUGGCAUCAUGGUAACCUUAUAACUCUUUAUUUCUUAAAUAAUUUAAACUGCUGACCUAAUGAUAAGCUAAUUAUUUGUGUGUACGUGAAAAACACGGUUCUUACAUCAUCUUUCUUAAUAGGUUACUAGUAAUUAUAAAAUCACAUAUACUGAAUGAAAUCCAACGGGUUUUGCUCUGCUGCUGGAAGCCAUCCAUCAGUAGAAUGGGUAGGGGGGUCAAUUUAUUUUAUUUAUUUAUUAAAUUUGUAUACUGCCCUAUACUUGAUGGCAGUUCACAACAUAAAAUUACAAUAUAAAAAACACAAAAUACAUGAUAAAAAUAUAAACAGAAACAAACCAAUAAUCCUCCCUUCCACAACACAUUUAAAAGGGUAUUGAAUGUCAUUCAGCCAGAGGCCUGGUUGAAGAGGAAUGUUUUCACCUGGUGCCCAAAGGUGUGUAAUGAAGGUGCCAGCUGAACCUCCCUGGGGAGAGCAUUCCACAAAUGGGGAACAGUAUAUGGCAAUUCCUUCUUUGUAAUUCAGCACUCAAAAAUCUUCUCUUGGGGUAUCCUCCAGAGCAGAUCUGGCCAGGAUGCAAGGGGAAGAAAAAUUGCCAGAUUUGGGCGAGGGGAUUCAGGGGUAGUUGCCAAAAAAAUUCCCUACCUCACAUUUGAUAGGUACAUUUCAUUAGUGCAGUGACACCCAUUGGAUUCCAUCCUAUAUUAUAUAGUGUAGUGAGGCAACUGUUUUCCAUCAGAUUUGUCUAUUUUCAUUAUUUAACCCAAAGUGUAGUAAUACUGCUUGUGAUUUCUUUUGAUGGAUCAGUUCAAAUCAAGGGGCAUACUUAAGAUUUCACUAACAUUCUGGUUUCAAUCCUACUAUGCAUCUGAUUCCUUCUGUUGCAGUAUCAAGAGAUAUACAAAGCAACAUAGCCCAUAUAUGGAGGCAAGAUUCUGCUUCUCUUUGGUACUUAACAACAGGUAUGAGAAGAAAGUAAUGAAAUCAAGAUGGAUGGGAAGACCCUUUACUCCUCCAAGUUUCAAACCACAAGCUGUACCUUUCUGAAUGUCCCAAAAACCUCUGACACCUUGCAUUUACCUUCUGUGGUCUAUAUACCCGCUUUCUUUCAAAAUAUAUACCCCAGUGGGGUAGAAACACCAGCCUUUGGAUCCGAAACAGAGCUUCAGUCUCUAGUUGCACGGUCUCUAAAAGACACUCUGCCAAAAUAAUUUCAUUCUCUUUCUAGCUCCUUAAAGAUCAGGGCUAAGAAUUGGUGUUCCUUGCUCACUAUGGGAUCAUGGAAAAACUAUGGAGUAGAAACAAUAGGAAACUGCCCUCAACUACUUCUUCCAAGGAGACUUGGAGAUUGGAUUAGAUUCACUGUAUCCAUGUGAGGUCUUGGGAGGACCUAAGAGGCUUGUAGAAGGGGUAUGUGUAUGCUCAGAGGUGGUGUUCUUGAUAAAGUGCCUUCAUAUUGCUUGAUCAUGUUAAAAACUUGCUAAGACUUAACAAGAUGUUGCUGCUACUUCUCAGAUACUGAGGUAUGUACACGGGGAAGGAAUUUCUCUCUUGAGAGAAUCUCUCUUCCAGAAGCAGCAAGAAGAGGGAAGAGAGAACAAGGGGGCAAUAGCAUAAUAUUGUGCACAUUAAGGUGUGGGGGGGGGCUUCUAUACUAGGCACUGUGUGUGGAAUUGCGCACUUUAUAGAGCAUCUGCAUGUUGUCAUUGUUAUGCUCCUGUUUUCCUGAAGUGGGUCUAUCAUUUCUCAAAUCGCAAAACAACUCUUCUUUCCUUUCCAAGAGGUGUGGUUUUGACACUUGCAGUUGCAUAUUGGAUGGGUAAAUACUUUGCAACACAGCAAACCUUCCCUAUUUUGAACAGUUUGUCUGAACGUCCACUGAUAUUCCUUAGCCUUCAUGAUUUGAAAGAAGAAACCUUUGUAAGUCUCAGGAAGCAUGCUGGGAGUUGAGUAGUACAAAACUGUAUGCAAGUCUCCAGAGAUUUCCCCCCCUCCUCCUAAUGUCAGUGUGCCUUCCCCGACUAUGCAAAGUACAAAUAGAAGAAGGGAGAUUUUUGUGGAGGACAAACGCUCAAAAUAAAGUACUGCAGCAAGACGAAUAAACUAGCUUGUUCCAGUGUGUCUAGAUCUGCACAAUUAUAUAGAGAUUUACAUCAUCUCUGUGUCCAUGCACAAAGAUUAUUUAAAUAGACUGUAGCAAAACAAAAUUGUUUUGACUAAAACCACAUUUUAUUCUACAAAUAGCAUGCAGUGUUUUACUACUGGUAUCUAAUACAAUAUCUGUAUGUAUAACAAUGCACAUGACCAUAUUUAAAAAUCUAUCGUCAAUCUGUCAAUUUAUCACAUGUAUAUGUUUAAAGUGAUUGAUACCAGAUGAAAUGUUUAUCCACUGAAGGUUAUUUUAAAAGAAACAGAAAAAAGAAACCCAAAAUCCUUGAAAAGGAACAAGCAACAGUACUUUUAAAAAGUUUAAUCUGUGCUUGUUCUGUCUCAUCUUUACAAUGUUAACCAAAGUUUUUCUAAAAGCACGGAUUUUAUUAAAUAAUUCUCAAGCUUUGCUUUUAACAUGACUAAGGCAGGGACUAUUAAUGUUAGAAACUGGAUAGUUGUGAAAUAGGAUUGUUGCAAUGUAACUUUAAAAAUUGCAAAACUUGUUCCUGCACUUCAGUAGCCCCUCCAUUGCCCCUCAGGUUUGUUCUACACAAUUUUUAUGUACAAUGCAAAAUCUGAAAGUUUGGUCAUGAAUGUGGAGUGGCACAUGUGCCCUACAAUAAACACACUUUUAUUUGGUGCAAAUAAUAUUACAGUAUUCAUAAAUGGACCCAAACUCCUCUUGGCCCCAUUACUGCUGGUGGAGGGGUGGGAGUCAUAGCCUUUGAUGUUUUCAUUACUGCUGUGUAACCCAUGUGAAUGUAAAAAAAAGUUCACCUUUUACUAUGUGAACAAAGCUUUCUAUCUGAGAAAAAUACUAAGUUUUCUUGCAGCAUAAGUUAA